AUGGAGUCGCCGUAUUCCGAUGAUAGCCGAAUAUGCCCGUGGUUUGGCAAUGGAAGAUUAGUAGGAAGUCAGGUGGCAACCGACCGAGUGCGUGCCUGGCUGGGCCGAUGUUUGGUGGACCACGAAGGGAAAUGUAGACUGCCAGGUCCAAAACCAUAUCAUGCAGGAUUCCGGGUGAUCGACGUCGAGAUGCGAUGCAUCGUGGAAGAGAUAGAUGCUAGCCGCCCCGACGGCACAUACGCAGCGCUCUCGUAUGUAUGGGGUAAGUCUGCACAGCUGUUGAAUACUGCGGAGACACGAGACAGACUGGGAAUACCGGGUGGACUAAGCGACUCGCAUGCAGACAUACCGCAGACUAUCAAAGAUGCCAUGGUUCUCGCUGAGAGAAUGGGAUUUAAAUAUCUGUGGGUAGAUGCAUUGUGCAUUCGUCAAGAUGACAAUGAGGAUAAAGGCGCCCAGCUCGGCCAAAUGGACCAGGUCUACUCAAGGGCGUUAGUAACUAUAGUAUCUGCCUGUGGCCAAGAUUGUAACUCUGGGCUUGCCGGAGUGCAGCCCGAAUCUCGUUCCUUUAGACCAGAGAUCGAAACAAUCGAAGGCAUCCAACUUUCUCCCUUCGCCGAGCCAUUACGCGCUAGCGUCCUCUCGUCUGAGUGGGACAAUAGAGGGUGGACUUUGCAAGAGAAGCUGCUAUCGCAUCGGGUGAUCGUGGUGACUCCCACCCAAAUGUUCUGGAAAUGCUCUCAAGGGACUUGGUACGAAGACUGCAAGCUCGAGACACCUCUGGCUCACUCGAUUGCGGCGGAAUCUGAUUGGGGAUUUUUCGACGACGAGUCUGCGGAUCACUUUGACCGCUAUCAGCACCUGGCUACAGCAUUCGUGUUUCGUCAAUUCUCGCACGAGAGGGACGCCGAAGACGCCAUCAAGGGGAUCAAUCGAAAACUCUCAGUAGGAUUAGGAUCCGCGUUCCACUGUGGCAUUCCAGAAAAGUAUUUAGAUGCGGUCAUUAUCUGGGACUGGCCUGGCGCUUAUAAUCGCGCAUGGCUCCCACGCCUGAAAUAUUUUCCCAGUUGGUCCUGGAUCUCACUCUCC